GACUGGUAUCUACUCUGUGCAUGACAUAUGGCACGCUUGGUCGUCAAAUUUUCUCUCCCACUGGGAUCACUUGGUAGAGACGCUGGAACUUCGACAUUACGCAGAGGAAACAUUCGGGUACCUGUCCGCGAAGCCAGCUAUUCUUGUGAAAGCGCCUACUCCCGCCGGAGAAGAUGACAACAGGGAUGAUGUUGAAGCGUCGAGGACUUCCAAUACAGAGUCGACUACAUCUUCUACAGAGAGUGUUGAAGCGUCGAGGACAACAUCUUCUACAGAGAGGAAUUAUAUUGAUACAGAUGAAGGAGCAUCGUCGACCCCGACUAAAAGAAGGAAUCGGAAUCUGUCGUCAACAGCCGCGAGCACAACAUCGAUGAGCCAAGCAGUAAAUCUGUUGUCUUAUUCGCGGAGGCGAUACGAGCAGAUGCAACCUUCCUCCUACGUGCUGGGCGUAGGGAAGACAGGGGCCGCCGGACCAAAUGGGAAGAUAAAAAGUGCGUUCGAUCAUUUCGAUUUUCCACGAGACCGAAUGAGAGGCGCGACAGAUCGCAGACCGACGAAGGCUGCAGAAGUUCUGUGCCAUCUCGCACAGCGCACAGUCGCGGAAAAACGAAAAAUUUUUAAGGCUGCUUGCGCAAAUUCAUCUUAGAGAUUCAUUCAGGGAGUUGUCGGUCAAAUCCGAGUCGACUGGCAUCACAUGAUCAAGAUGCAUUUUUCUGGUCACGCUUGUUUACUUUUCCAGGGAAGAUAGUCAGGUCACAUAUUUGACUGUCAAGGUCGCACCAGAUUUGAGUUGCAAGAUGAAUUUGGGUCAAAAUUUGGGUCUAAAGCUUACGCUAGACUGGAAGAGAUUGCAUGGGAAACUUUGUUUUUAGAAGAAGAUUGCGGAGGUGGCGCAAAGACUUCUGGAGAAGGCAGCUUACGGACGAGAGGGAAAGAUCAUGGUGUCGAGGUUGCAAAUUUUGCUUUGCUAAACGAGGAUGAAGACGCUGAAGGGGCCGCUGGAUCUGCAGCGUUACGUAGCUUCUACCUAGCAGAACAAGACCCCAGUGGUAGGACCGGUGAGGAAAGUGGCAGAAGCACUGGAUCACGUAGUACUGAGGAUUGGACAUCAGAAGACGACAAGAGUACAUUAGUUCAUGCACGAGAACUAGUGGAGACGCUUAUGCGAGAGUUUCAGGUUUUGCGUGGGCCUGCCACAGAGGCGGACGAGGUGGUAGAGCAUGUUCCUCUCGAGUGGUGGCACGAUGCUCCCUUUACGGCUUUUUACAAUCGACUCUUGUUCAUGUACUACCUUACUACAAAUGUGAUCUCAUUGCACAAUCAUAAUAACUCAUCGUGCCUUAAUGGUCCAUCGAUUUUCAGAUUGCACUUACAUCUUGGAGGAAAAUCACCGGUUACGUUUUUCUUCGACUUAUUCGUUCAAUGAAUACUUAUAUGGGCUCAUUUGCCAACUGAUUAGUGCUUCUGAAAUAAGUAGCAAAACACAGAAAUUCAAUCUGUCGCUGGCUAAAUUUCUCAAGGGUUUCGUUGCAGCUAAUGAACGCUUCGCAAGUAUCAAUUUCUGUAAAUCCAUUUUUUCGCUGGUGAACUUUUUUCAAGUGUUUCUUUACCAUCCAAAAGCCGCUUCUUAAUUAACAAUUCCUAGAAAUGCAGUUUAUCGGCUGGUCAACCUUCUAAUUUAUCGCUUCUGCUUAGUCGUGCUAUGCAAUUAAAAUUUUAGUCAGACAAAUUGCAAUACCUCAAGUGAGGCGCAUUCACUCACCCACUCUCGCCCACUCUCGCCCACUCUCGCCCACUCUCGCCCACUCUCGCCCACUCUCACCCACUCUCACCCACUCUCACCCACUCUCACCCACUCUCACCCACUCUCACCCACUCUCACCCACUCUCACCCACUCUCACCCACUCUCACCCACUCUCACCCACUCUCACCCACUCUCACCCACUCUCACCCACUCUCACCCACUCACUCAAUACAUGCACAUCUUGGAGGAGGGGCUGCCGUUCUCACAGAUAUUAAGCAUUGAUGAGAGUCCAACAAGAUUCAUGAGAGUCCCAAGAUGGUCUAAUCCCUCUGGGUGAACUCUAAUCCCUCUAUCGCGGAACAGUACGAAGAAGCAUUGAUGCGUGUUGUAGCGCGACUCGACGAAGUUAUCGAGGAACAACGACGUAGCAGAAAUGGUCAACAACAAGGUGAAGGUGUUGAACAGGGGCUCUCAGGUGAAUUAGAGGAGAGUCAUAAAGAUAAUAAUGAGCAGUUUGAAGCUUCUUCUCUGCUAUUACGACGUCUUUUAUUUUUGCAGCUCCAGAAGCGGCUGAAAGAGGAAGCCUAUUCUCUUCGGAUUGCAGAAAUCGGUAUUUUUCAGGCGAAAACGACCCUAGCUUUCCUGGAGAAAUGUGGCUUACCUGGUUGGAUCAGUCUCCAGUAUCAUGCGGUCGAUCCUUGGCUCGACUUAGGGCUUCCCCUAAUCCAUCCUCUGAAGCAUCCUGGAGAGUGUCAGUUUCGUGUGUAGCUCGAGCAGAAAUACCAAAUGACCUGGAACACAGCACCUGCAAAGAAAAGGGGAGCGGGAUGCUUCUCAGGAUGGAUUCGGGUAAGCUCUAAUCGACGAAAUGAACGAGUUUCGACUGAUGGCAGAGGUAGUGGACGUGGAAUCAGACGCGGACACGGUGUUUCGUGAGGUGAUACAGAAAUUUGUCCAGUUUACCACAGCAGAAGAGAAAGAAAACAACAUUGAGCUAGGGUCUACCGAUAGUGUACGUCUAGGUGCAUCUUCUAUUUCUCCUUCUACUGCAGAAGGAGCAGCCGGUGCUCCGACUCCCGAGCAGGCGAGGCCAUCUUCAACGCAUCCAAGCAGAACUCCUACUUCUAAAAAAGUCCAUCAUCCUCACCCCAACAAGAAUCCUAUUCCACCUAACCACGACCAGCGUAAUAAUCGUAACUACAUAGUGACGCCAUCGGAGUUGCUGCGGCGUAAUCGACAGCAGUAUGGAAAGCACGUGAAAGGCCCGUUCGUCAUCUCGGAGUUCCAAAGAGUUCCGAGAGAUGCGAAGGGACUCUUCGUCCACCGUAGAAACAGCCUCAAAGCGACACACAACAUGGAGGAUUUGGACAUCGUCUUUCUCGACGGCGACCACUCACUACAUUAUGACAACUAGGAUUUUUGUUCUAAUUUGAUUUGAAUUUGGUAAGUAGAUGGGCCGCAGCAGCAGCUGUGUCUGCAGCAAUUCGAAUUGCUUUCAAAAGUUUGAACUUGUUGAUAACUUGUUCUCAACUUCUAGUACGUAUUUCAUCACACGAUUUUUGUCCCUUGUUUUUCAACGGUAGAGCUCGAGCUCUCAGAGUACUAACAGAACGUACAGAGCAGACAAGCUGAGAAUGUUUUAGGAAUGUUUCUCUGAAGAUCGUGAAGAUGACAAUGACUACGGUGCUCAGCGUUUCUUUCUCUUCUUCAUCCAGCGGGUUUUCUGCAGGAUAUGUACGCUUAUGCGGCAAAAACUCAGCAUUAUGCCAGCGGACACGACUUCAAUAUCGGAAAUUUUCCAGGAAUUGGAUUGUCCCUAUUGCAUUCCCGUGUGCCUGGAACGAUGCCGUACAAUGCCUUCGGGCACCGCUAUGCGAAUAGUACCAUUUUCAUGGACUCCGAUUACUGCUGGUGGAUGCGCGUUGGGCAGGACAAGACGCACUAGACGGACCCGGUGAAAUUCAAUCAAGAAUGUGGGAUACGUGCGGGUUUUGUAUCGAUGGAAGAUUCCACACUAGGUGGGCUAGUGGGCAGAUGGGCUAGUGGAUGACUGAAUAGAGAUGAGAUCAUGGCGCUAAAUUUUAUACUGGUGUAGGGACUCAACAUAGAGAAGACGGGGCUAUUGAUGGGAGAUUCUUGGUAGGGGCUCUAAACUGACAUGCAGAAUAAAGGAGCAUAAUGUUGGUCCUUGAUUCAAGAAGUUUCUUCGUGAUACAGGCAAUUGCUUUAUCUACAUCGAUCUUUUCACAUUCGCUGUUGCUCGAAUAUGUUAUACUAGAAGAAUAUGCACGAUUCCCAAGACGCGAACGCGGUACUGAUGACUGGUUUUGUUUGGACCAAACACACUGUUGAGAGCUACAUUUGCGCGCAGAUCGAUAUGAGAAAUACAUUUGCCCACUGUGACCAAAGCAUCGAACAAGGAC